ACAGUAACUUUAUUAGCUGCACGUUGGCAACUAAAUGUUGGUCCAACAAAAAUUACUUUAAAACACAACGUUCUGUUUUACCAGCUCGUAAUUGGUAUAAUUUUCAAGAUAUUUUAUUCAACCAAUCGGCGAUGAGAUUGCGUCGAGCGUAGACGCAACGGUUUGUUACUGCUUAUUGUAAACGAAUCAUUAUGACCGAUGACGUAGACGGAAGGAAAAGGAAUUUGACAUUUGUGUAUUUUGCACUGUUCUCAGUCAGUAGCGUUGGUUGUUUGCGUCUAUUAUUUUUAUUUUUGCCAACGUUUUAUUGUUUCCUUCUGCUCCAUAUUCAAUCGUACAUAUUCCAAACUAAUAAGUGGCUUGCACAGCUAAACGUUUUGGCAGUUCGUCGAAUUACUGAACUCAUUAUGCCUUUUACUCCGGAACAAGAUGCCUUUAUUCUAAUGGCUCACUUUCGAAGUGGAACUAUUAAUGCAGAUGGAUCAUGGACAUAUUCUUUGCAAUCCUGCAUUGAUCAAUUCAUGACCGAAUUUCCAGACGCAAACUUCGACUAUGACACUUUCUUGAACCGGAGAUGUGUUAUUGUCAAAAGGUUUGAGACCAGACACUGCAUUUGUAAAGCAAAGUCUACAGGCAGGCCGACUGUGCUUACGAAAAAUGUUAUGGAUGAUAUACAGCAACGACUGGCUAAAAGUCCUACAAAGUCUAUAUCUAAAUUGUCUGCUGAGACAGGUAAUUUUUUUUAUUCAUGCAAAUAUUUUAACUUUGACUUCGAGAUUGAAUUAUAUUGUAAAAUUUCAAUUUUUAGGACUUUCAGUUGGAACAUGCUAUAAAGUUUUAAAAAAAUAUCGAGAAUCUAUAAAACAUGAAUAAUAAUUUACUAGACUCGUUUUCCACUGACGAAGCGUGGUUUCACGUAUCAGGUUUUGUAAAAAUCGAAAUUAUAGAAGCUGGGCUGCAGAAAAUUCUCACAUUUGUACAUUUGUAGAAAGCAGUUUACUUCCUAAAUGUUUGGGUAGUAUCAAGAAGACGUACAGUAGGACCGAUAUUCUAUGGAAUUAUAAAUGCUGAAAGAUAUCGAACGCUUAUUUUAGAGCCAUUUUUAGCACAAUUACAUGACGGUGAGUUGAAAGUUAGUUUCAGGAAGAUGGGGCAACGACGCAUAAUGCAAGUGCAACAAUUCAAUUUUUUUUUGGAUAUUUGAACAUGGCAAUAUAAUUUCUGGGUUUGAAUUUAUUUCAUGGUAUUUUAUUUGUAAGAAACAAUCUCUGUUUAUUUUAUUCUGUAAUAAAAUAAA